AUGGAGUUUCCAAAUGGUGUAGUGGUAGCAAGACCUCCGACCUUCCAAAUUCAAAGGCAGGAUAUUUGUGAAGAGAAAAUAUCUUACAAGAGACAGCCAAGAGAACCUGCUGUCGUAAAAACUGUCCCAAAUAAUCAACAAUCAACAGUGAAUUUUCCAAAUGGCAUAGUGGUAGCAAGACCUCUUAACUUCCAAAUUCAAAGGCAAGAUAUUUGUGAAGAGAAAAUAUCUUACAAGAGACAGCCGAGAGAACCUGCUGAAGUAAAAACUGUCCCAAAUAAUCAACAAUCAAGGGUGAAUUUUCCAAAUGGCAUAGUGGUAGCAAAACCUCUAAACUUUCAAAUUCAAAGGCAAGAUAUUUGCGAAGUGGUAGCAAGACCUCUAAACUUCCAAAUUCAAAGGCAAGAUAUUUGUGAAGGUAAAAUUUCUUACAAGAGACAGCCAAGAGAACCGAUUGUGAUAAAAACUGUCCCAAAUAAUACAAUAACCGUGAAACCUUUGUUUGUGAAGAGAACAUUUCCAAAAAGAGACAGCGACAAGGACCAGUGGAGGCAAAAACAGUUGCAAGCAGCAACAGCCAUGAAACCAUUGAAGCCACAAAAUGCCGAUAAGACGCCACGUGAACAGGGUAGUUGGAUUGAAGCACAAAGUGACGGUGCUAAUCAGUUAGACGUUGUGAUAUUGAAUGCAGAAAAUAAUGAAGCAUGUGGGGAAGAGGACAGCAAUGCUCAAUUUUUACCAAAAGAGGUAGAUGACACUACUACUGAUGUAGUGCUCUGUGUGGAAUCAGCUUCUGUUAUUCAGGAAAUAGAUGUUGUGGUCCAUCCAUCUAUUCUGCAACCAACAGAAAAGAGUAAAAAUAUCAAGAAAAUAGGGAAACAACAAGGAGUAGGCGUCGAAAAAAGGAGGAAGAGCAAACCUCGGGAGUGCAAAGAAUGUGGAAAAAUUCUGGCAUCAACUACAACAUACCUGGAACACAUGAAUAUACACUAUGAUCGAAGACCAUACAAGUGCGGUGAAUGCAGCAAGUCUUUUCGCCAGCGAUACCACAUUGAUCAGCAUAAAAUUGUCCAUACAGGGAAUAAACCCUUUGUUUGUCAAGACUGCGAUAGAGCUUUCGCCAAGAGCUACAACCUGAGAGAUCACCAACGAAUCCAUACAGGAGAAAAGCCGUGCAAGUGUGGUCAUUGCGACAAGACGUUUCGUCUUCGACGCGGUUUGAGAGAACAUGAAACAAAUGUACUCCGUCUUCUUUCGCCGCGUAAUGAGCUUGGGACACUGAAAGAGAUAAAGGUUUAUUCAUGUAAGAUUUGUGUCAAGACGUAAGUAAGUAAGUAAGUAAGUAAGUAAUUUAUUUAUCCACAUUUCACAAUUGAGUAUAACUCGUUUUAACGUGAACGUGCCAGGU